CUCCGUCUUCCCCUUCUCCGACCGCCUCCAAUUUCAGGUUUUCUUCCAUUUCCUUCUCCGAUUCUCAUCCCUCGUUCCUGUUUCAAAUUCCACUUCAAUGAAGUCACUAACCCUUUCGGCAGUGGCGGCCAACAACAGCGUCACUUCUAUCUUGCCGUCGACCGACUUCAGUUCAAGAUGGAGAUGCUGGUAGAUUUGCUAGGUGUAGCCGGCCGCCGCUCUGGAAUUCCAAUGGCGGUUUGCUGCAGCUCGAGGGACGAACUCGAUGCUGUAUGCUCUGCAGUCUCCAACCUCCCUGACAUCUCUCUUGCGUCUCUGUACAGCGACCUAGCUGAGUCAGAAAGAACCCUAGUCUUGGAGACAUUUAGGCAAGCGACCAUCAAAUGGGCUGAGAGUGCUAUGACUAGUGUUCAGUUCGGGGACGAUGGUGAGAAUCAGAACAAUGAGAACAAGUCCCAGAUGAUAGUUGUAACGGAUGCUUGCCUUCCGGGAGUUCUCAGUGGCGAAUCAUCUAUCGCUGCUCGUAUCCUGAUCAACUACGAGCUACCAACGAAGAAGGUCUUUUUUCUAACGCCACGCUUACGCGCUCUAUCUGCAGAUGGGAUUGUUAUCAACGUGGUUGCCGGUGGGGAAGUUGUGACCUUGAAGAAUGUGGAGGAAAGUUGUGGCCUACUCAUUGCUGAAAUGCCUAUAAAUGUAAGCUGUGUCCUGCAUUACUUUGAACCACUUAUGGAACAAAUCCUUCUCAGGAAUAGUACACUGAAGUUUGGUAUUUAG